CGCACACCUCAGUCUCCUGCCGUGCGUAGUGUGUACGGGCCAGGCGGCAGAGCUAGCUUUCACUACACUCAGUGGCCAUUGCCGUUGCUAGCUUUCACUAGCUCUUAGCUGCAAUGUCGGCGGCGGCGUCGCAGAGCAGUGUCAAGGCAAUGGCGGCGGCCGCAGCCGCUGUGGCAAUGCUGCUCUCGGCCGCGGCGGCGGUGGCCGCGCAGCACGAUUACGGCGACGCCCUGCACAAGUGCAUCCUCUUCUUCGAGGGGCAGCGCUCGGGGAGGCUCCCGCCGGACCAGCGCCUCCGCUGGCGCCGCGACUCCGGCCUCCACGACGGCGCCGCGGCCGGGGUGGAUCUGACCGGAGGGUACUACGACGCCGGCGACAACGUGAAGUUCGGGUUCCCGAUGGCGUUCACGGCGACGCUCAUGUCGUGGGGCCUGAUCGACUUCGGGCGCAGCUUCGGCCCCCACAGGGAGGAGGCCCGGAAGGCGGUGCGGUGGGCGACGGACUACCUGAUGAAGGCGACGGCGAAGCGGAACACGGUGUACGUGCAGGUGGGCGACGCGUUCCGCGACCACGCGUGCUGGGAGCGGCCCGAGGACAUGGACACCCCGCGCACCGUGUACAAGGUGGACCCGUCCCACCCGGGCUCCGACGUCGCCGCCGAGACCGCCGCCGCGCUCGCCGCCGGCUCCAUCGUCUUCCGCGACGCCGACCCCGCCUACUCCAAGCGCCUCCUCGACCGCGCCGUCGCCGUGUUCGAGUUCGCGGACAAGUACCGGGGCCCCUACAGCAGCAGCCUCCACGCGGCGGUGUGCCCCUGCUACUGCGACUACUCCGGAUACCAGGACGAGCUGCUGUGGGGCGCGGCGUGGCUGCACAAGGCGACGCGGCGGCGGGAGUACCGCGAGUACAUCAAGAGGAACGAGGUGGUGCUCGGCGCCAGCGACGCCAUCAACGAGUUCGGCUGGGACAACAAGCACGCCGGCAUCAACGUCCUCAUCUCAAAGGAGGUUCUGAUGGGGAAGGACGAGUACUUCCAGUCCUUCCGUGUCAACGCCGACAACUUCAUGUGCACCCUCCUCCCCGGCAUCUCCAAUCACCCCCAGAUCCAGUACUCCCCAGGCGGGCUGCUGUUCAAGGUCGGGAGCAGCAACAUGCAGCACGUGACGCAGCUGUCGUUCCUCCUGCUGGCCUACUCCAACUACCUGAGCCACGCCGGCGGGCGCGUCUCGUGCGGCUCGUCGUCGGCGUCGCCGGUGCAGCUCCGCCGCGUGGCCAAGCGGCAGGUGGACUACAUACUGGGCGACAACCCGCUGCGGAUGUCGUACAUGGUGGGGUACGGCGCGCGGUUCCCGCGGCGGAUCCACCACCGCGCCAGCUCGCUGCCGUCCGUGGCGGCGCACCCGGCGCGGAUCGGCUGCAAGGCCGGCGCCGCCUACUACACCAGCCCGGCGCCCAACCCGAACCUGCUCGUGGGCGCCGUCGUGGGCGGGCCCACCGACGACUCCGACGCCUUCCCCGACGCGCGCGCCGUGUUCCAGCAGUCCGAGCCCACCACGUACAUCAACGCGCCGCUCAUGGGCCUCCUCGCCUACUUCUCGGCACAUCCCAACCCAGCCGAGUCGGGCGGCGACUGAAAAAAGCCUAGGGAGAGUGAUAGAUGACGAACGCACGCACGGGCCUGGGUAUUUUAGAUGGGCUUUGGUUUGUCUUGUUCGGGCCCGAUUGUUGCCUGGUGUAUCCGUACGAGUAGUUGUAACUAGUUAACCAGAGCCACUCCCUUGCCUGCAAAAGAAAGACCAGGGAAGAGGAAUUAGUAGGCUCCAAGAUUGUAUUAGCUGUUAAGAUUAUAUACGCUAGUAGCAAGGUUAACUGUGCU